GAGCUCAGCUUAGAGAUGACGUCAUCCCAGUACCUUUGUUCAGCGCCCCCGCCCCGUGGGAAAAGGAGAGCCCUAGUCUGUCUUACUCACGGAUGUAGCACCAGCCCCCAGGUUGACCCAAAAAGGGGAUGUAAAGUUGACGUGGUCUUUAGCACAGAACGCUACAACCAGGAGGAAGGUGAGCAGCGUUUGGGGAAAUGCUCUGCCCACGUGUUCUUCAAGAAUCAGAAACCCAGGCCGGCCGUUAAUGUCACCUGUACAAGGCUCAUCGAGAAAAAGAAAAGAGAGGAAGAGGAUCAGCUGCUCUACAAGCGAAUGAAGCAACUGAAGGUCCCCUUGGAUGCAGCCAGCAUACCUGAGCAUUUCGAGCCAGCCUGUCUUCUUCAACCCACCGAGCCCACCCUCCACGCCUGUGGUACGCCUUCCUGGCCUGUUGCGUUGUCUCCUACCGGCUCUGUUCGUUUUCAGUCUCCUGGAGCGCAGGAGCUCAGCCUGUGUUCCCACUCUCACCUACUGAAUCAGAGUCCACGGCGCCGCAUGCGAGGCCAUUCACAGCAUGGUGCCAGCGUACUUCCCCCGGACCAGUCACUGUGACGGCCCGUGCUCGGGGCCCUCCUGUCUUGCUGGGCUCACUCUCACUUGUGCUUCUACCCCUCCACCCGCGUACACAGCAGGAAUUCAAGGCCCAGCAAAAUCUCACCUCUUUAAAGCCUGCCACACCUCUCCAGCCUAAAGAACCCCCUUGGCCUGUUCUCCUUCAACUGUCUGCGCCCUCCAAUCCUAAGGACUGGAUCAGCUGUAUUUCUAGCCAAGUCAAGUUCCACUAAUAAAUAGAAUUUAUGCUGAAAAUUACUUUAUCAAGAAUAGUUUCCUAAUAAGCUUGUUAGUACUCCUCGUGUAUUGGGAAUUACUGAUCCUUGAUAGGCUAUGACUAUCUCCACCGAGUUGCAAAAAAUGAUCCGUGAGCACUUAUAAAUUACUAAAAACUGAAUUCCUAAACGUCAUACAAAGUAAAUUAUCAUUGUAUCCCUGCUUUUGGUAUUCUGAUAUUAAGUAGUAUUUUGAACUAAAAAGACGUCAAGUCCGCAAACAAUGCUAUCAGAGAAAACCCACCUGAUUUCUUCAGGUGUUCGUGACACGAGAAAGAGAUGGUGCCAAUACACUAGUUAGCUUUAAAGCCAAAAAUCAGGACAAAGAUAUUUGACAGAUUAGGAAGCAAAGAUCAUGACUCUCGUUUCAAACCAGCAGGUAUAGUAAUAUGGAGAUCCCUAAUCAACUUUUUAACCUAAGUAGUAACGCUUCUCAGUAGAACUUCAGAUGGAGUUUUAGUAUCCUUGUACUCUCGCUUUGUGUACAGCGCAGCAUAGCCUUUACAUGGUUUUGUAGAUUUUCUCAGUAUGGCGAGUUGAAAGAUAGUCUCCAUAGAAACAGAUAUGAGUAAGUCACAUGUCUAGCUCAAGGUCUUACUGUUUAAAUUUAUGACUAAAUUUAGACCUUUUUCAUUUCUGGAGCUUCUAAAAUUUAGCCUCAAAAAGUGCCUAAACUCAAACAUGCUUCCUUC